AUGCAUGAAAUAACAGGUGGAGAUGUCAACGUAAUUGAGACUGCCUCAAGCGGCUCCUUAGGAAGGUCACAAAAUGUGAUUGAGACUGCUUCAAGUAGCUUCUUAGGUAUUCCGGCUGCUGAUGAGUUCCCGGUAGGGACGAAACACAUGUCCAGCCUAUCAAAACGAAUACUAUUCUUUUCUUCUCCCGCUUACUGCUCUUCUUCGUUCGGUGUUCUCAAACAUCAAACGCAACCGCAACAAAUUGGUGACCCCGACGUGAUCAAAGAAAACAAGUAUUCCAACGCAUAUCUUUCUUCGAUACAGCAACACAGGAUUGAUUCCGGCAAUGCAACCUCAUCCAUCACGUUCGCCAACACAAACGCGGCGAUCUGGUGGGAAGUAUUGUCGGAUUGA